ACCUUUUGAUAAUGGACACGACAUGAAGUUUGGACCGUCAACGAUGUUUAGAACAGAUUCUGCCGAUCUUUCUAUGCGAAAGUCAACAACAAAAGACCUAAGAAGAAAAGCUAAACUUUACGUGGAGCGGAAGUUCCCCAUGCAGUAUAUUAUCGAGGAUAUUGAAGAAAUACCCAAUGAGUUUCCUUUGAGCUUUGGUAAUGCAAGAGUGUCCUUCGUGGGAUUUAUUUCUAGAUAUCACCACUAUGGAGGGCGCCAUUGUGUGUAUAUCCAAGAUGGAAAUAAUGCUGAAAUAUAUGUUGGAUUUUACCUUGAUUACGAUAAUCCAUAUCCAUAUUUUACUUGGGGAGAUGUGCGUCCAGGCAAGUUCAUCUGUCUUCACGAUCCCAGAAUUCAUUUCUUUCUAGACGGAUCUGUUGGAAUCCGUGUCAACGAAAGUAGCGAGGUCUUCAUUUUUGACAUUUGAAUUCACACUGACUCUAGAAUGUGGAUAUGAUUUAUAACAAACAUACUUGUGUCCUUUUCCUUUGCUAGCUAGUUGUGAUGUUUGCUAAAACAUAGUUAUCAGAGUUAGAAAUACGUGAUAAAAUUUGU